GCUGCCGCAGUCACCUGCUGCUUAUCUUGCGCGCAGCACGCGUUCGAAUUUCCAAUUCGAAACCGCGAGAUGUUUCCGAACGAGCCAGAACUGCAUUUUUAGGCGCGAAAUAUUUUUUUUCCAUUUUGAGGAACUGUGUUGCCAGUGUUGGUGUGCUUGUGUUUUCCUUCUCGAGGCCUUUACAUCAAUGUCCCGAGAAGGUAUAAUGACUUUUAAUUAGAUUGAAACCUGUUAAAAAUAUUUUUACAAGUGUCAUAAGAUGUGAGUUAUUAAAACCAGUGCAGAACUAACACGAGCAACGUUCAGAAUGUGCAGCAAGGAUCACAUCAGCCAUAUCCUUGGGAAAAUCAAUGUGGGCCUGCCAUCGUGGUCCCGCGGGGUGGAGGUGGCGGAGGCUGCGCGCGCGCGCCUCGUGCGCUGGGCCUGCGGGGACCCGCCGCCGGAGCCCGACCCGCCCAGGAAGAAGAUGCCGCACGCCUUGAGGAGACGGUGGCCUUUGUGCCCGUGCCUUCAGAAUGACGAACCCCCCGAGAUCACGUACUGCGUGGUGGGGGGCGAGGGCGGCACCCUGGCGCUGCAGGCCGUCACCCCGACGCAUCCCAUGCCUCCGCUCGAGGAACUCGACGCCAAGUUUGCUGAGCUGGUGGAGGAGCUUGACCUAACAGCGGUGAACAAAGCUGCCAUGAUGGAGCUCCCAGCGGCGAAGAAAUGGCAGAUCUACUGCAGCAGAAGGCCUCCACCAGGUCAAUUGCCGCCUCUAGCUACGGCCCCAGAAGUUGAGGAAUAUAUUAAGGCCCUGAACGAAAUUGCUGAUGCAUUCGCGUCAUCAGAAGGCAUCCCACCCGCGGAAGCGUGCGCCCUCGUCGACGGUCUGAAGACCGCGCUGCGGACCCGCGCCCACAGCUUCGUGCUUCGCUUCGUGAAGCAGGGCGGCCUGGGCGCUCUCCUCGACGCCUUGCAGCGAGCCCCCAGGGACGACGCCGUCACCAGGCAUAACCUCAUCGCGGCUAUCAAGGCCCUGAUGAAUAAUUCUACUGGGCGUGCUCACGUCCUGGCGCACCCCACCAGCAUCGACCUCAUUGCCCAGUCUCUUGACACAGAGAAUGUGAAGACCAAAGUGGCCGCGCUGGAAAUAUUGGGGGCCGUCUGCUUGGUUCCCGGCGGACACAAGAAGGUGCUGGAGGCCAUGAUGCACUACCAGAAGUACGCGGGCGAGCGCGCCCGCUUCCAGGGCGUGGUGAACGAGCUGGACCGCAGCACCGGCGCCUACCGCGACGACCUGGGCGUCAAGACCGCCAUCAUGUCCUUCGUCAACGCUGUCCUCAACUACGGCCCCGGAGAAGACAGCCUGGAAUUCCGCCUGCAUCUCAGAUACGAACUCCUUAUGUUGGGGAUACAACCAGUAAUCGAGAAGUUAAAGAAGUACGAGAACGAGACGUUGGACCGGCACAUCGAGUUCUUCGAGAUGGUCCGCAGCGAGGACGAGCGCGAGCUGGCGCGGCGGUUCGACCUCGAGCACGUGGACACCAAGAGCGCCGCCGCCAUGUUCGAGCUGCUGCGGCGGAAGGUCAGCCACACGGCCGCCUACCCGCACCUCCUGUCGCUGCUGCAGCACCUGUUGCUGCUACCAUUGGAGUACGCGCCGCACGCGCAGCACUGGCUGCUGCUGGCGCGCGUGGCGCAGCAGGUGGUGCUGCAGGCCGCGCGCGGCGACAAGGUCUACGAUCCAGAUGUGGCUCCUCUAGAAAUAAACGUCGGUGAGAUCGUCCAGCUGCUGGCCAAAGAAGAAGAAUUGGUCGCCGCCAGGACGAAAGCUGAGAACCUGGAGCGGGAGAACGUUGACCUGGCCACGGAACUCGCCAAGAAGGAGAAGCAAGUAGACCAGCAGAGCCAGGAACGCGAGGAGCUGGAGAGCGCCGUGUCUCGCCUGAAGGAGCGCCUCGAGAGGGAGACCGCCGCGCACAUGGACAGCGAGGAGCGAGCGCGGGGCGCGGCUGCGCGGGCGCACGCGCUGCAGCUACAGUUGAACCAGGAAAGAACCGAACGAGCACGAUUCGAGAAACUGGUCAGUGAAGGCAGCAUUCCUGACGAUGCUAAGGUCAGCAACCUCAAGAGCGCCGUGAUCGAGAGCUGCGGCGUUCCCCCCCCGCCGCCGCCGCCCGCGCCCGCGCCCCCCGCCCCGCCGCCCGCGCCGCUCUCCGCGAGUGCUCCGCCGCCGCCCGCGCCGCUCGCCCCGCUGGCGCCCGCGCCUCCUAAACCCAAGAAAAAUGUUCCUAAUCCUGGGAAUCCUCUCAAGAGUUUCAACUGGAGUAAACUACCCGAUGCGAAGUUACAUGGAACCAUUUGGCAAGAAUUAGACGAUACUAAACUCUACAAUGCAAUGGAUCUUCACACGAUCGAUAGGAUGUUCUGUGCUUAUCAGAAGAACGGUGUUCAGAAUGAAGGGUCCGUGGAAGAUCUUCGUCAACUAGGUCAGAAGCCACGAACAAAAAUAUUAUCUGUGAUCGACGGGCGACGCGCGCAGAACUGUACUAUCCUCCUCUCUAAGCUUAAGAUGACUGAUGAGGAAAUAUGCAGAGCAAUCCUCCGCAUGGACAGCGGCGAGCAGUUACCAAUUGACAUGGUAGAACAACUUGCCAAGUUCACGCCAAGCGCCGAGGAGGCCGCUUUGUUGGAGGAACAUCAGGACGAGCUGGACAGCAUGGCCAGGGCCGACCGGUUCCUUUAUGAGAUCUCCAAAAUCCCCCACUACCAGCAGCGGGUGCGCACGCUGCUGUUCAAGAAGAAGUUCCCGGCCGCGGCCGCCGAGGCCAGCGCGCGCGCCGCCGCCGUGCUGCGCGCCGCGCGCGACUUGACGCGCUCGCGCCGCCUGCGCGCGCUGCUCGAGAUCGUGCUCGCCCUCGGCAACUACAUGAACAGAGGCGCUCGCGGCAACGCGUCCGGCUUUAGGCUGUCGUCUCUGAACAAGCUGGCGGACACCAAGUCCAGCGUGUCGCGGAACACCACACUGCUGCACUUCCUGGUCGAGAUGCUGGAGACGCAGUUCAAAGACGUGCUUCUUCUGGAAGAGGACCUGCCCCACGUGCGGGCGGCCGCCAAGGUGUGCGUGGAGCAGCUGGAGAAGGACGUGGCGGCGCUGCGGGCCGGGCUGCGCGAGGUGGCGCGCGAGCUGGAGUUCCACGCCGCGCCGCCCGCGCGCGCGCCCGCGCACGACGCCUUCCACGCCGUCAUGCGCGACUUCCAUGCUCACGCUGUUUGCACGUUUACGCAGCUCGAGGAUCUGUUCCAGGAUAUGAAGAGUCGCCUUGAAGCAUGCGCGCAAGCUUUCGGCGAAGAACCAAACGCUUCUCCUGAACUGCUAUUCGGAGCCAUGGACGCCUUCUUGGGUCAGUUGGCUGAUGCCCGCGCUGACUGCCUCGCCGCCAGGAGGAGGAGGGACGAGGAAGAAAGAAGGACCAGACAUGAGCAGGAGCUGAAGAAACGAACAAUGGAGCGUAAGCAAGCGUCUAGUCUUCUGAGCUCUGUGGGCAAGUCUCUCGGGAAGGCCAACGGCGAUUGCAACGGUCACACCAACGGAGAUGCCUCCCGGGACGGGACCCUCGCCAACGGGCAGAAAGGGGAGUUCGACGACCUCAUCUCCGCUUUGAGGACAGGCGACGUCUUUGGAGACGACGUGGCCAAGUUCAAGAGGUCCAGGAAGGCCUCAAAAGCCAGUCACAAAGGCAGGGACUCGCCGCCGAGAGGAGUCUGCAGGGAAGACUCCAGAGAAAGGCAGAAGAAUUGAAGAGGG